AUUGAGCCUGCGUCCGCCAUCUUCACCGACCAUCACAAUGGAUGCAGGUGCCGACAAGGGGCAGCCACAAGGCCCUUCGGGGAGCAGACUUCCUCUUCCCGAGGAGGUUCUCGAGGUCAUCUUUUCCUAUCUCUCGCCGCUGGAACUGUCGGCGCUGGCAAAGACGUCACGGGCGCUGCAUCGCAUCGCCAGCAGCUCGCACCUGUGGGAGUCGGCUUACUACGCCUUUUGGCGUGAGGGAGACGAGGCCAGGGAGCAGGAGCGAAGGACGACAGUGUGGAGACAAAGGCGGAGGGCAGAAGCGUUGCGAGACUUGGCGAUAUUCAGCUGGAACACCAGAGGCAGAACACGUAGAGCUCGGUCGAGUGACGGCACACUUGACGGCGACGAGGGGAAGCCGGAAGAGCAGAUUGGGUGUGGAGGCAGUUCUGGCUCAAGAAAGGCAAAGCAGGACGAAUCUCUGGCUCCCUUUCCCAGGUUCUUGUCGAGCCACCCGGCGCAAUUUGAUACGGAGGACUUUGGCCAGCCUCCGUCAUUCUACAACCUCUUCCUCGAGAGAUUGGCCAUCGAUCAGGAGGUGCUAGACGUCAUCGAGGAGCAAUGCAAAUCGGAGUCAGGCUGGCUGAAGCGUGCAGGGGAGCUCGUCAACAAGCAUGGCAACGACGCAAAAGAUGUGCUCCACGCUCUCGUAAGCUCGCAGCUUCGUCGUUUUGACAGUCCCUUUGACGAAGAGGAGGAUGAUGACCAGCACAAUGCGCCAUCAUUUCCGAGGGCAUUCGCUCUUCGCAGGCCUGGAAUCGUUCGAUCUCGAACACAUCACCUCACCAUCGUCCACUACGCUCGCGAGCUCCUCGAACACCUCCAGGUCAGAGAGGCCAUGUACGGUCUAAGCUCGAUCCGCCCGAGAGACCCUGAUGUCCACUCCGGUUCCCCACCGAAAGGCUCGAGCCUAUGGACCAGCCUUGCUCCGACAAGCGACGACGUGAGCAAUGCGGAGCUGGAGCAGGCCCUCGAAUCCAAGCAGUUCGAAACGGCCUGCAGCUGGUUGUCGAUGUUUCGAGGAGGCGAGGGUCAGGAGAUCGCCGAAGAGCUCGACGUCCUGGCAACGAGCUGCGCACUUUUCCUUCGACAAGGCAACAUUAGUCUGGAAAAGGAUCCGACAGUAUUCACGCUCGCUAUACAGGAGUUUAUGGAACGCCGUGGCUUCAAAGGUGCAGAGCAGAAUGACUUUUACCACCUUGACAAUAACUUCUUACACCUCUGUCUCGAUGAGUCGGGAAGGAAAGCACUGCCGUUGACCUUGACGGUCAUCUUUUGCUCUCUUGCCUGCCGUCUCGGCCUGCGCGCGAUGCUUGCCAACGUGCCAGGCCGUAUCCUGGCGUUCGUUGAGCUUCCAGCAGGGUCGGAGCACAGAGCAGCUGAGCGCUUCUGGGUGGAUAUCUACGGCGGCGGCAUCAUCUUGCGAGAGGACGACAUUCGACGCCUGCUGAGUAGGAUGCACGAGACGCCCCUGGAUGCGGCCCAGCUCGGACUGGCGGCAUCAGACGCUGUCACCAUCGCUCUGCGCGCAGCUAAGAACAUUCUCAACAGCGUUCAGAGGAUGCGCACUGUUCCACAGAUCCUGUUUGCCGUCGAAGAGUCAAAUGGGGGUAUGACAAAGGACUUCAACAGCGGGCCCCAACGCCGUCCAGCCGAGGACCCAAGCCUGAAUGCAGACCAGCUCUUCGAGAAGCUGGCAUAUGCUCCCAACUUCGUAUUUUCGCCUAGAAGGACCUACCUUUGGCGGUCGUCACGGACCUCGCCAUUGGGGCCCAAGCUCUGUGAUCCCUUUUGGCUGGACGAGACAGAGGCAAUCACUGCAUCCGGACAAGGUCGGCAUCGGUCCAGAUUGCAGGGCACCGACUUUGACCAGACUGCAGCGGUGCAUGGAGCCGCGCAUACACUGGUACGCCUGGGCACCGUACCUGAUAUACGUCAAGGAGCAGCUGGUCCAAACUGGCUGGCGAGUCUUGCUAAGGUCUCUUUCCCACUCGACGUCCUUGUCAUUGAGGAAGAGCUGGUUGGCCGACGAUCUUCUGUCGUCGGCAGCACGCCCAGGCCCCGUGGAAGCGGCGUGACCGAUCUUCGCUCGUACUCAAGUCAGGUCAAUGCGGCUGCCACGGAAGGCUCUCAAAGUGCCAGCAGUCCCCUGCAGCCUCCUUCAGAACAUUCUUAUCUCUUCAAUGAUCAAGACGAAGAGGCACGCGAGAUGUUGGCGCACGAGCUCAGAGGCAUCUGUCUUGCUUGCCAAGGAGAAAUCUCUGACCGAGAUCGCAAACGAAGGAAUCCAUCCCUGGAAGAUCUCAAGGGCGACGAUUUGGACGAGGCCCGGAGCACCGCUGCACAAGGCACGCAAAAUCUUGAUCACAUCUACUCCGUCGGAACCGUCUUCGUUCACCGCACGUACGGCUACCGAGCUGUCAUCAAGUCGUGGGACACCAAGUGCAGCGCUUCGGAAAAUUGGAUCGAGCAGAUGGGAGUAAGAGACCUGCCUGGGGGUGACAAGCAGCCAUUCUAUUCUUCCAUCGUCGAUGACGGCAGUACCCGCUACGUUGCGCACUGCAACAUUGUGCCGGCUGUCUCUAGACCGGUCCACAGAGGCUCGCAGAACGACAAGGGUUCAGGAGAUUCGCAGACAUCGGUGUCUAUUGGCGACGAGGGGAACGGAACCUCGUCACCUCACCUGCUGCAGAGCUUACAGGAUGACGAAGCAGAAGAAUCACCUCGAAUGGUACCAUCCACGACAAAAACAUCUGCGACUGCUACACGGGAAUCGUACGUGAGGAGGGAAGACGUCGAACGGCUGUUGAAGCAUCGGGGAAUCGGUGUGCUAUUCCGAUGCGUCAACACCAGUGCGUUCCCUGGACCAGGGUCACAAAGUGGUAAGGGGACCAGGAUCCGGCUCGUCAGGAAUGAGAGAGGAAAGGCAAUCUUCCCGGACGAUGGCGGUGAUGCGACGCCAGUGUAGACCCUUCUACGGUGGGCGGGCCCUUCAACGACUCUUUUUCUGAUCAUAACUAGGACAAUGUAGUCUCUCAUCACAAUGAUAUGCAUGUCAUUACUACUUUUGGAGGUAAUAGAAGGUGUCAAAGACCCUAU